AUGUCAGAGGAUCUGGUCCCGGGCACCAGGGAAAGCCCACAACCCCCUGGACCUACUCCUCCCGAAGGAUGGAAGAAGGGCGGCCGAAUGCUGUCGGUGCUGCUGUCUCUCAACGUGCUCCUCCUCGCCUGCUCGCUCAUAAGUAGCGGCGCCUUCAACAAGGUGGCGGUGUAUGACACAGAUGUGUUCGCACUGCUUACCACCAUGAUGCUCCUCACCCUCAUCUGGAUUCUCUUCUACCUCUUCCGAACCUCCCGACUCCCGGAUGCGAUCCCCUACCUGGACUCCCACGCAGGACCAAUCUGGCUUCUAGGUGGGCUGGUCCUAUUUGGUGUCUGUACCUUGAUCAUGGACGUCUUCAAAACAGGCUACUAUUCCAGUUUCUAUGAGUGUCAGUCAGCCAUUAAGAUCCUGUAUCCCAUCAUACAGGCAAUAUUUGUCAUUGUUCAGACAUACUUCCUCUGGGUCUCAGCUAAGGCCGUUAUUCAUGCCCACCUGGACCUGACCCGGUGUGGUCUCAUGUUCACACUCUCUACCAACCUGGCCAUCUGGAUGGCAGCCGUGGUGGAUGAAUCUGUUCACCAUGAACACUCCGAUAGUAGCAAUAGCAGCCAGGCCCGCCUCAUUUCCUAUGCAGCACGGUCAGGCAGCACCGAGGAAGAGGACUGUCCUUGCAACACAACCUUCUGUCAGGUCUUCAAACAGGGCUACUUCUACCUGUAUCCCUUCAACAUCGAGUACAGCCUCUUCGCCUCCACAAUGGUCUACGUCAUGUGGAAGAAUGUAGGGCGCCUGAUAGGCCCUUCCCACGGCCACGGCCAUGGCCAUGGCCACACCCCAUCCUUCAGCAGCUUCUUCCGGGAAACCUUCUUCAUUGGGCCUGUGUUGGGUGUGCUCAUAUUUGUGGUAGGGCUAGGGAUCUUCAUUGUCUAUGAAGUCAAGGUGAGUGGGGACAAUAGUGGGAUCCACCAAGCCCUCAUCCUCUACUACAGCUUUAACAUAGCCUGCCUGGGCCUUAUGACCUUAGUCAGCCUCGGGGGCUCUAUCAUCUACCGUUUUGACCAAAGGACAAUGGACCAUCACAAGAACCCAACUCGUACAGUGGAUGUAGCUCUGCUGAUGGGGGCUGCUCUUGGGCAGUACGCCAUCUCUUAUUAUUCCAUUGUGGCUGUGGUGGUGAGAAGCCCCACGGACCUGUUGGGUGGGUUGGACCUUGCCUAUUCCUUGCUAAUGAUUGCCCAGCACAUCUUCCAGAAUGUCUUCAUCAUUGAAAGCCUCCACCGAGGCCCCCCUGCCAUCCAGGGAAAACCAGGCAAUGAGCCCGUCCAUGGCCUCACCUAUGCCAAUCAGGAUGCUCUGCACACCUUGCCUGACUACCCAUCCACUCCUAGACUGGUGGGCUCCACCCCUGCUGGCCCCCAGGAGGCAGUUACCAUUAUCUCAGCCCCCCAGAGGAAGUGGAGGAGCAAGUGCCUGAAGGAUAUUUCACUAUUUCUACUGUUGUGCAACAUGAUUCUCUGGGUCAUGCCUGCCUUUGGUGGCCGCCCUCAGUUCAACAACGACUUGGAACUGGAUUUCUACGGCUACUCCCUGUGGGCAGCCAUUGUCAACAUCUGCCUUCCCUUCGGAAUCUUCUACCGAAUGCAUGCUGUCGCCAGCUUGCUGGAGGUCUAUGUCCUGUCCUGAUGUUCCUCCCUUCCCCCAUGAGCCUUUGUACUUCCCCACAAGAUUUCUAGAACCCAGGCCAAGCUAACAGACAACAUCGAUUGGUACCCAUAUUCUCCUGGGUGAGGAAAAAGACAACUCUUUGGACGUUUUAACUUCAGGAGAUGGAUAGGGGGCCUCUAUACCCACUUCCUCAAUUCCACCCAAGUCUAACUGCCUCCUUACCCAGUUCUCCCAUUCCUCA